CCUUUAUUAGCACUAUUAUUUUCUAUCAGAAGAACUCAGGAGAAAUGCAGAGGAGACGGGACCCCCCAGACUAUUUCUCAGCGCUGUUUUCCACCAUGGCAGAUGGAGCCCUUUUUUAACUCUUAAAAAGAAUACAAAUACAGAAGAGAAGAGAAGAAGACCUAAAAGAUGAAGGUUUUGCUCCUACUUGUCGUUUGGUGUGUCGGUGUGAAUGUUCGCGGCUAUGAACAAACUUCGGUGUUUCUAUUCUCCUACAUUUCUCAGCGACCCAAGCGGAGCUUUUUGUCAGUGUGGGUUUAUACUGCUCGUAAUUGCUGUUUGGUUUGUCUAUUGCGUGGAAAACCUAAAGGGAAAAACUUGGGAUUUCCAACAUUUUCUCGACAGCCAAACAGAACCAUUCAUGGCAAAAAACGAAAAAUAAUAAUAAUAAAAUGCUCCGUCCCCUAUGUCCGUAUUUUAAUAAUAUUGAUUGUUUUUAGUACGGUUGUUGAUCAGAAUAUUAUAUUUAUACACUGGCUAAAAGAGUCUCGUGUUGCUGUCAUGAUAUUAUUGUGGGUGGGGUUUCCACUUUAUUGUUUAUUUACUAUUUGAAUUUUGUGGGAAAUAUUUGUUGGGUGUGCUCUUUUGUUAUUUUUAUUUUUAUUUUCUGUUUUUCUGGUCGAGAAACUAAUGCUAGAAUUUGGAGUUGUCAUAUUUGGCACGAUUCGAACCGAUACGAAGAUAGUGAAUUUGUGUUGAACAUUACUUGGCACGAACACAAAUAUAACAUGACCCGCUCACACAUAAAACACAAAUCAGAAUAGUGUCAAAGAUGAGCAAUCUAAUUUUGAUAUGAUAAACUCGUUGAAUUCCUACCGUAUAAAAAAUGAUUAGUUUCUCCUAUUUCUUAAUAUGUAUUUUAUGAGUCCUUUAGUAGUUUGAUCAAGAUGAUUUGUCAUUUUAUAAACAGUACUUGUAUUUGUUGAACAUUGAAGUAUUGCAGGACAAAGGAAGCGAGAUUAGUAAGGCAUCCAAACUAUUGUUCAAGUAAAAAGUUCAUGGGCUGUGUGCUUUUGAGUUUUAUAUCUAACAUGCCCCGAGAAUUGGUGCAGGUGCUGUGUGGAACAUAAAGAACAAGAGGCCGCUGAAUUAGUAUCGGAUUAAGUGUUCAUCAACUUUUGCAUCGGCCAUGACCAACAACCCGAGAGUUUUGAAAGCCUUUAAGGCGACGAGGGCCUUGGGAAUUCCUGAUAGAUUGGUCAAACCAGUUCUGAAGAAUUUGCUGGCUGUGUAUGAUAAAAAUUGGGAGCUUAUUGAAGAAGACAACUACAGGACUCUUGUGGAUGCAUAUUUUGAGUCUCAGGAUAAUAAGGGAGAAGAAGAUAAGAGAGAAGUUGAUAUGGGGCACGGUGGGUCUGAAAGACCAGCUAAAAAACUGCAUUUGGCUAAUGACGAAGAUCAUGGAGAAAGUGAAAUUCCUUCAAGAAUGGUCAGCCGACAGGCAAGCAUGGAGUCUUCUGAACCUUGUUUAAGAGACGGCAGAGCUGGAUCUAGUUCUCAAAUUCCCCUCAAACAGUCCCGUGACAAAGGAAAGAAUCCCACAUCAUCUGCAGUCUCACGUGGUAAUCACAAGAAAGACUUUCUGAUUCCAAAAACAGAGGAAUCCGCAAAUUGUGUUCCAGUUUCUGCACAACCAGCUCCAAUGAGACGUCCAGGUUCAUCAGGGGGUUCAACUGGGGGUAACUCUGUCACAUCCUUGGCGUCCUCCGAAGUGGCUACAAGUGGUCGGGAUGCCCUCCAUGUUUCAGGACCAAGUAAGGGACCUUGUAGAAUAGAACAUUCUCAGGUAGAUUUAAAUGGUAUCACUCGUGAGGGAAAGAAGCCAAUUAAAUCUCUCGAUGACAUAUCAAAAUCUACCGAAAAAGUGAAAAUAUCAUUGGCAGAUGAAAUUGGAAAUGAGUCUCUCCCGAAGUUCAAUUAUAUUCCGGAUAAUAUAGUUUACCAACAUGCCAAUGUGAAUAUCUCACUGGCCCGUAUUUCGGAUGAAGACUGCUGCAUUGGUUGUUCAGGAGAUUGUCUUUCAUCAGAAUUUCCAUGUGCAUGCGCUCAAGAAACCGGUGGGGAUUUUGUGUACACAAAACAAGGCCUGCUAAAAGAAGACUUUCUAACAGCUUGCAUGAGGGAACCAGAUAAGCAAAAUUUUUUUUAUUGUCAAGACUGCCCCCAUGAGAGGUUGAAGAAUGAGUACAUGCCUGAAAAAUGCAAAGGUCACCACAUCAGAAAGUUUAUUAAAGAAUGCUGGAGAAAAUGUGGAUGCGACUUGUGGUGUGGAAACCGUGUAGUGCAAAGGGGUAUUUCCUGCAAGUUACAGGUGUUCUUGACUCCUGAAGGAAAAGGCUGGGGUGUCAGAACAUUAGAGGUCUUGCAGAAGGGGACAUUUGUGUGUGAAUAUGUUGGGGAGAUAUUGACCAAUACAGAGUUAUAUGAGCGAAAUACGCACAGCAGUGGAGCUGAGAGGCAUACCUACCCUGUAACACUAGAUGCAGAUUGGGGCUCAGAGCGGGUUUUGAGGGAUGAGGAUGCACUUUGUCUUGAUGCAACAUUUCAUGGAAAUGUUGCAAGAUUUAUCAAUCAUAGAUGCUGUGAUGCAAAUUUGAUUGAUAUCCCAGUUCAAGUGGAGACUCCUGACCGUCACUAUUAUCAUCUUGCCUUUUUUACAACCAGGACAGUGAGUGAUUUUGAAGAGCUGACGUGGGAUUAUGGGAUUGACUUUGAUGAUCUAGAACAUCCUAUUGAGGCAUUUCAGUGUAAUUGUGGAAGUGUAGCUUGUCGGAGCAAAAGACAGAAAGGACGAAAAGUUAGAUGAGCAGUGACCGAGGCUGUACCUUAAACUGGCUUAAGUUGACUGUGUGAUAUGGUAGCUGAUGGUUAUGAAGCAUAGCAGUGGCUGAUCAAAUUUUUGAAUGGGAAUGCUUCCAAGCCCCAAAACUAGACAAUUUUGUUGAAAGUGAGAAAAUUUAAGCAGAAGGUUGGAGAAGAUUAGAGAUAUAUUGUAGAAGCCAUAGAAGCACACUGGUGAUCGUAAACAGGAUCCUUGUAAUGCUAUCUCAUUCUGUGCGUUUUCGUGGGAAAAUUGUAAUCAACUUGAUUUGACUUAUUUCAUCAUCCAAAUUCCCAUUGUCACUGAAAAUUGAGGAAUGACUUCA